AACAAAUGAUAGGUACUUAAAUGCUGACGAAUUCUGGAUCAAUUUCAUAAAGCCUUUUACAACAUUCAAUAGUAACCGGGGUCUAAAAAAUAAUCCAGUUCUAGUGCGUACGAGAUGGCAAAUAUCCAGAUAUCAUUGAUAAUCUUGAUUAUAUUACACUCAGUUGCUGGUCUGAAAUCGCCAUACUGGGAGUGCCAAUAUGAGCAAUUUCAAAAUACCGAACCAUGUCAAACGUUUGCCAAACUGAAGUUACCUUCAAGUGACAGUCAACAGUAUUUUUUCCAAGACGUCCAAAGAAGGAACUCGGAAAUAAGCAGCGCACUGAACGAUUUGUAUGGAAAUAAUGGAAGAGGGGGAUUUCCUGGUAAGAGAAAUCCGGAAUUAUCCAGUGCUCUGCUGCAUUACAUCAAUUCAAAUAAGGGGUAUAAUAAAUUAUAUAAAUGAUAUGUAAUUACUCUUUAUUUCUUAGCAUAUUGUAGAAAGAAACGAUUUAUUUAUAAUAAAUAUCACAAUCAUAACAUUGCAUACUUUAAGCUACUAGAAAAAUAACAAUCACAAUAAACAUUACUUAAAC